AUGGUUACGCUUGCAGAUUUACCCAUCGAACUCUUCAUCGACCACAUCUUUCCUAUACUACCGGUCUCCGAUCUUCUCAGUCUCGCACGCACCAACCAUUUCUUCAGCCAGCUUGCGUCGGAUGAGCCAUUCUGGCACAGAAAGGUUCAGGAGGACUUCAACUUCCCUACGUCGGAUACCGCAAGGAACGCCGGGUGGAAAUUCCUGUACAGAAAGUUAUCUAUUCCAAAGGUACUCGUAUGGGGAGAGCGAAGUAAUGGUCGACUGGGUCUAGGAGAUGGCAAUUUUCCGAACACCGCAAUGAACGAAGGGGUGCCCUACCCUAUACGUCUGCGAAUUCCCGGUGUUCGGAUUGUGCAUCUUGAGGCAGGCGGAAUGUCGUUCCAUGCAUUGGACUCCCAGGGGAAUAUCCAUGUCUGGGGGACACUCGAUGGUACUAGUGCCGCCCUGCGCAGCGAGGGCUACUCCAUUCCGUCGCAGAAAGCGGAACAGCCUAUGCGUCUCAACCUGCCGGUGAAGUUCCGCAGCAUCAGCUGCGGGCGCUUGCACUGUACUGCGCUAGAUGCGACAUCGCACGUGUGGACAUUCACAUCGUGGGGGAGACCUUUCAAGAUCAUGUCCUCAUCGCUGGACAAGUCUUCGCCUGAAACUACGCCGGUCCAAGUUGAGAGCGGCUGGGGGUUCUCGUCGGUUUUAAUGCAGUCAGGUGAUGUGCUGGUAUACUGGCCAUUCGAGGGUCGGAUGAAAGCCGCUAUAGCUGCAAAGAAUGUGGAGCUUGACCAGCAGAGCGCCGCAACGCAGACAAAAGCACUUCCUACUGUGGAGGAACCACGUGUGAUACCCUGUUAUCCUUGGAACCUGCAGAAUGUGCACCCUGUCAGACUCCCGCCUAUACCUGAUCAAGCCCUUCCAAGGCUCACAGGAACUGGCCUUUCACACGAGGAGCUCGAUGACGAGACGAAAUUGAUCAAGAUUGCAAGCAUGGAUAAUAUCAUCGUCGGGCUUACCAACAAGGGACAUGUCCUAAUGUAUGUACGGCUGACCGGAGAGAGUGCGUAUCGGCGAGGUGGAUGGAGAUAUCUGCCUGAAUUCAGUGAACUGAAGAAUGUCAGAGAACAUCCGACAUUCACAAAGAGAGAUACUCAUUUAGAGGCCCCUGACACAAUGCGGAUUACUCAUAUAUCGGCCCACUUCAAUACGUUUGUCGCCUACUCCACUGGCGCGCGCUCCGUCGUGCUCAUCGGCAAGCCCAACACACUGCUCACGCCGCAGAUUCUGCCCGCGCUUCAGAAUCGCGAAGUUAUUUCCGUUGUGCUUGGGGACUACCACUACGGCGCGCUCACUGCCUCAGGAACGCUCCUAACGUGGGGCGCGUUCUCCAAGGGUGCGCUCGGGCUUGGCGAACCCUCGCAUGUUCCUUUUGGCCAGCCUGGCGGGUUCGUGGAUGAGGCACAGCUGGAGGCAGCUGGGAUGCGUUGGGGCAACCCGCGCUUCCCUCCACCGGCAGUGGAAGUGCCGACGGAGGUAAGGUUUGACCACAGAGAGAGCAGGCAGUUCUGCUUUGCCGUAACUGCAGGCGGGUGGCAUAUGGGCGCGCUAGUGAUCGGCUUGGAGCCUGACGCGGAGUAAGGCGAGGACAGAUGAACCUCCGAGCAUGCUCAGAGCAUUUCCUGACGUAAACGAUGGACUGCCAGCACACGGCGUGGACAUUCUACCGCACACUCCCUCCUCGGGCGUGUCGGCAUUGUCGAGACUCGAGAGAGAAUAGAGAAGAUCGUACUCAGGCACAAGGACCAGCUGUCCUUUUGCAAAUGCACAUGUAACUGAAUAAAAAUCAUUGCAGAAGCCUGACGCACGUUCCCUGCC